CUCGGCCUAUUUCUGCGCGUGCAGAUACGACCGACGACCAUGGUGCACCGCGAUGUUCCGCCACCGUUUGAAUCUAUCGUUGUCACAGACAACGAGAUGUUGAACACCAGAAGAUCGAAAUCGCUUUGCGGCUGUGCGCAGAAAGGCGAAAGAAGCUUUUGGAUCUUUCUGUACGUUUGAAGCUCCAAAAAUACACAUCAGCCGCAUGGUUGCGACGACACGCGAGUCUCCGACCACAAACGGACGAAGCGGACGCGAAUCUCGCCUAGUACAUUCUAGAUUAUACCAUUGGCAGAGCUUGCACUUGCGAUAUUUUUAAUAAGCCGUGAAUAUAAAGCGCGCAGUAGGCGCGGCCUUCGGUUCAGUGCAAGCACGAACGUUCCAAUCAGUACGGCAUCCGAUCGGAUGUGAGGGAAGGCCAGGCGAUUAUCCGAUUCUCGAUUAAAAUGUCGCACGAAUCGGGAAGCGGCGGGUCCGCGGGAGAAUCUACGUCGCGGGCGUACAAGGUGCUUCGGAGCGAUCACGUCGGCAGGUACAUGGUCACGAGCAGAGAAGUGCAGGCCGGCGAGGAGAUCGUGACGGAAAUGCCUUUCGUCAUCGGGCCAAAGGCAUGCACUUAUCCCUUGUGUCUCGCCUGCUACGCACCUUGGCCUCCUGGUCCAGAUGACAAGCCGCUAUGCUCCAAGUGCGGCUGGCCAGUCUGUGACGAGCAGUGCGAGAAUUCGUCGCAGCACAAGGAUUACGAGUGUCAGGUGUUCGCGCAAGCGAACGAGAAGUUUAACGUAACCGCCGCGCUGGACGAGAACAAUGAAAAUGGCGUGCCGCAAUUGGAAUGUAUAACGCCGCUGAGGCUUCUGUUGGAGUCGGAGAGGAAUGUCGAGAGGUGGAACAGCGAAGUGAAGGACAUGGAGACGCACAACAAGAUAAGGUGCCAAAAGUCGCAGUGGAAGUCGGAUCACGUCAAUAUCGUGGAUUACCUGAGGAAGCGGCUCAAACUCGACCGAUUCUCGGAGGAGCGCGUACAAUCGGCGUGCGGCAUUCUGGAGAUCAACACGUUCGAAGUCCGGAUGAGAAGAGGACACAGCGCGCGGGCUCUUUACCCGACGGUCGCCAUGAUGAACCACUCGUGCGUGUCGAACACAUCUCACACCAUAUCGCCGACCGAUUACAGGAUACGACUGCGCACCACGCUCCGAGUGCCGGCGGGCGGUGAACUUUACGCGAGUUACACGCACUCGUUACUACCGACGAUGCUGAGGCGGGAACACCUGCUCGAGGGCAAGCACUUCGCGUGCGCCUGCCCGCGAUGUUCCGAUCCCACGGAAUUGGGCACCCACAUGUCCUCGCUCAGGUGCAACAAGUGCAACGAUGGAAUUGUCCUGUCGUUGGACUCCCUAGACCCGGAGAGUACUUGGAAGUGUACGCACUGCGAGUUCUCCACCAAAGGGCAAGCGGUGCGGAAAGUUCUCGGAAUCAUCCAAGCGGAAGUGGACAAUGCUGAGACUAUCAGCGGAGCUGACGGGGCCGACGCGAUUCACGAAAGAGAGAACGUUAUGAAGAAGUAUCGAUCGGUUCUGCAUCCUCGUCACGCUUUCCUUACAAUGUUGAGACAUUCGUUGACCCAAAUGUAUGGUCGAGUCGAUGAAUAUUUAUUGGACGACCUGCCGAACGUUGUGUUGGAGCACAAAGUAGACCUAUGUCGUUCGUUGCUUCAAGUAUUGGACGUGGUGGAACCCGGAUACAGUCGUGUAAGAGGUAUGACGUUAUACGAGCUGCACGCGCCGUUACUCUUCUUAGCUAAAGACAUGUGGAAUGCCGGUGUCAUCGACGAAGCCGGUCUCAAGUCCAAGAUGACGGAAGCUGCGAGCAUCCUGAAAGAGGCGGCCACGAUAUUAACAUUGGAAUCGCCGGAGACGGCCGAGGGGCAAAUAGGGCUCGUCGCGAAGGAGUCUCUGGUCCAACUGGAACAAUCUAUAAAUAAUUUAUAAGUAUUCAUUGUAAAUACAUACUCGUAUUUGUACGACAAACUUGUUUACUAAUAAACGCGCACACUUCUACACAGAGAAAA